AAAAUGGCUGGCAGUGUUAGUGUAGAGCCCGCGGGGGGAUGACGUGACGCAGGCCUUCCUCACUAAUUUAUCGAUUCCACCUCUAUGACGCCCUGUACCGGAUAUUUGUGGGUGGCGAGGCUCGUGUGCAGUGUUGCCCUGGUGAAGUGAAAGGGAAGUGAGGGAGGAGAGAGAGCCGCGCCGUGAGAUGAGUGAGCUGUGAGUGCAGAAGUGAGUGAGUGAGUGUGUGUGUGUGUGUGUGUGUGUGCGUGCGUGCGUGCGUACGUUCGUGUGUGAAGGUUGUGACGAGGUGAGGGCUGAGUAGUCCCUUCAAAACACAAAAUAGAAAAAAAUAUUGAUAUAAAAAAUAACAAGAUCCACCACCACCACCACCACCCGUACCAUGCACCCGUCAGCGGCGCCCCUGGGACCCCUGUAGCCACCCAUGCCCCGCGGGGAGGUGGGUGGAGGCAGCAGCGUCGGGGACUGAUGGGUGGGGGGCGGAGUUCCCGGGGGGCGGCAGGGGGCACACGUCAGGAGGCCUUCAUCCCUAGGUAGGCUCGCCCGGCCCCAUGGAAGGGAAGAAGAAGAAGGGCGGCGCUGUGGAGAAUGGAGACACCUUUCCCUGCCCCAAGGCCCCGCCCCAGCACCCCCCGCCCCCCGCACCGCCGCCCCAGAGCCCCCAGGCAGCGGCGGGACAACCAAGCCUGUGCACCAUCUUGUAUGACUACGAAGCCCAGGGGGAUGACGAGCUGAGUCUCCGCCACGGUGAGGUGAUCGAAGUGCUCAGCAGGGACGUCAAGAUAUCAGGCGACGAGGGCUGGUGGACCGGGAAAAUCAACGGCAAGGUCGGCAUCUUCCCAUCAAACUUCGUGCAAAACAUCCGUGAUCUUGAACCAGUGGAGAUAGAUUUCAAUGAGCUGGGUCUGGAAGAAGUGAUUGGCGUUGGGGGCUUUGGUAAGGUGUACAGGGGGACGUGGAAGGGGCAGGAAGUGGCUGUGAAGGCGGCGAGGCAGGACCCUGACGAGGACAUAAGCGUGACAAUAGAAAAUGUGAGGCAGGAGGCUAAAUUAUUCUGGCCUUUGAAACACGAGAAUAUUGUGGCUCUGAAGGGCGUGUGUCUCCAGGAACCUAAUCUGUGUUUGGUGAUGGAGUACGCCCGCGGUGGCUCCCUCACGCGGGUACUGCAGCAGAGGAAGGCCAUUGGACCCUCUGUGCUCACCGAUUGGGCCAUUCAGAUCGCCAGGGGCAUGAAUUAUCUACACAGCCUCGCCCCUGUUAGGAUUAUUCACCGAGAUCUCAAGUCUUCGAAUGUGCUUCUGAGUGAGAGCAUUGACAACAACGACCUGCAGUUCAAGACGCUGAAGAUCACGGAUUUUGGUCUAGCGCGGGAGGUUUCCAAGACCACCAGGAUGUCUGCCGCUGGGACCUACGCGUGGAUGGCGCCGGAGGUUAUCAAGACAUCCACUUUCUCUAAGGCAUCCGAUGUGUGGAGUUAUGGGGUGUUGUUAUGGGAGCUGCUGACCGGGGAGUCCCCAUACAAGGGCAUCGACACCCUGGCCAUCGCCUACGGUGUGGCCAUGAACAAACUCUGGCUGCACAUCCCGGCCACAGUGCCUGAGGCGUGGAGGAAGCUCAUGAAAAGUUGCUGGGAGCUGGACCCCCAUGCACGACCAACUUUCAUAGACAUCCUGAAGAAACUGGAUGAAAUAAGCAGGUCAAACUUCACCCAGACACCCCAUGACAGCUUCCACACCAUGCAGGGUCACUGGAAGCUGGAGAUUGAGGAGAAGGUCAACGAAAUCAGGAUGAAGGAAAAUGAUCUGCGGUGCCGGGAGGAGGAGGUUCGGCGGACAUUGGUAAAGCAGAAGCAGAUAGCAGAGCAGCUGAAGAAGAGAGAACAGGAACUCCACAACCGGGAGAUGGACUUACUGCAGCGGGAGAUAUCCAUAGCCAUCCAGCAGUCCUCCAAACCAACCCCAAAGAAACGCAAGGGAAAAUUUAAGAAGAAACUGCUCACUAAGUCGCACCAAAUCUCCGCUCCUUCAGAUUUCCGGCAUCACAUCACGGUGCAGCCAACCGCUGGUGUUGUUGUUAACCCCACAAGCCCUGACAGCCCGCCAGGCUCCCCUAACCUGCCCAGACUGAAGGCCAUUGCAUCAGGACACAGCAGUCAUUUAGGCCGCGUCCCCCGUCACAUUACAGUAAUACAACAUUUGAAAUGGCUGUUGGGGAAUAAUUGUUAUCUAGGCCUGCGUUCCCCAGCGCCGUACAUGAGGACAAUACCAGCAGACGGCGUGAAGGGCAAGACGUGGGGGCCCAGCACGGCACACCAGAAGGAGCGCGGCCACAUCAUCCCUCACCACCACGACACCAAUCAGAAGCGUUGGAGUAAGUCUGCACCCAAUCUUGAGAAACCCCUGCGGCCCAUCCCAUACUCCACCACCAUGAUGGGCCUCAACCAGAUCACAGCAUACGGGCCAGAGAUCGCUGGCAAUGGAUAUUACUACAUGCCAGAUUA